AUGUGCACUUCUGUCUCAGCAAAGACAGCAGAAUGCCAGCCCAGGACCCCCACAUCCAGCCCAGGACCCCCACAUCCAGCCCAGGACCCCCACAUCCAGCCCAGGACCUCCACAUCCAGCCCAGGACCCCCACAUCCAGCCCAGGACCCCCACAUCCAGCCCAGGACCCCCACAUCCAGCCCAGGACCUCCACAUCCAGCCCAGGACCCCCACAUCCAGCCCAGGACCCCCACAUCCAGCCCAGGACCUCCACAUCCAGCCCAGGACCCCCACAUCCAGCCCAGGACCCCCACAUCCAGCCCAGGACCCCCACAUCCAGCCCAGGACCCCCACAUCCAGCCCAGGACCUCCACAUCCAGCCCAGGACCCCCACAUCCAGCCCAGGACCCCCACAUCCAGCCCAGGACCCCCACAUCCAGCCCAGGACCUCCACAUCCAGCCCAGGACCUCCACAUCCAGCCCAGGACCCCCACAUCCAGCCCAGGACCUCCACAUCCAGCCCAGGACCCCCACAUCCAGCCAGGACCCCACAUCCAGCCCAGGACCCCACAUCCAGCCCAGGACCCCCACAUCCAGCCCAGGACCCCCACAUCCAGCCCAGGACCCCCACAUCCAGCCCAGGACCUCCACAUCCAGCCCAGGACCCCCACAUCCAGCCCAGGACCCCCACAUCCAGCCCAGGACCCCCACAUCCAGCCCAGGACCCCCACAUCCAGCCCAGGACCCCCACAUCCAGCCCAGGACCCCCACAUCCAGCCCAGGACCCCCACAUCCAGCCCAGGACCCCCACAUCCAGCCCAGGACCCCCACAUCCAGCCCAGGACCCCCACAUCCAGCCCAGGACCCCACAUCCAGCCCAGGACCCCCACAUCCAGCCCAGGACCCCCACAUCCAGCCCAGGACCCCCACAUCCAGCCCAGGACCUCCACAUCCAGCCCAGGACCCCCACAUCCAGCCCAGGACCCCCACAUCCAGCCCAGGACCCCCACAUCCAGCCCAGGACCCCCACAUCCAGCCCAGGACCCCCACAUCCAGCCCAGGACCCCCACAUCCAGCCCAGGACCCCCACAUCCAGCCCAGGACCCCACACCAGGACCCCCACAUCCAGCCCAGGACCCCCACAUCCAGCCCAGGACCCCCACAUCCAGCCCAGGACCCCACAUCCAGCCCAGGACCCCCACAUCCAGCCCAGGACCCCCACAUCCAGCCCAGGACCCCACAUCCAGCCCAGGACCCCCACAUCCAGCCCAGGACCCCCACAUCCAGCCCAGGACCCCCACAUCCAGCCCAGGACCCCCACAUCCAGCCCAGGACCCCCACAUCCAGCCCAGGACCCCCACAUCCAGCCCAGGACCCCCACAUCCAGCCCAGGACCCCCACAUCCAGCCCAGGACCCCCACAUCCAGCCCAGGACCCCCACAUCCAGCCCAGGACCCCCACAUCCAGCCCAGGACCCCCACAUCCAGCCCAGGACCCCCACAUCCAGCCCAGGACCCCCACAUCCAGCCCAGGACCCCCACAUCCAGCCCAGGACCCCCACAUCCAGCCCAGGACCCCCACAUCCAGCCCAGGACCCCCACAUCCAGCCCAGGACCCCCACAUCCAGCCCAGGACCCCCACAUCCAGCCCAGGACCCCCACAUCCAGCCCAGGACCCCCACAUCCAGCCCAGGACCCCCACAUCCAGCCCAGGACCCCACAUCCAGCCCAGGACCCCCACAUCCAGCCCAGGACCUCCACAUCCAGCCCAGGACCUCCACAUCCAGCCCAGGACCCCCACAUCCAGCCCAGGACCCCCACAUCCAGCCCAGGACCCCCACAUCCAGCCCAGGACCUCCACAUCCAGCCCAGGACCCCCACAUCCAGCCCAGGACCCCCACAUCCAGCCCAGGACCCCCACAUCCAGCCCAGGACCCCCACAUCCAGCCCAGGACCCCACAUCCAGCCCAGGACCCCCACAUCCAGCCCAGGACCUCCACAUCCAGCCCAGGACCCCCACAUCCAGCCCAGGACCCCCACAUCCAGCCCAGGACCUCCACAUCCAGCCCAGGACCCCCACAUCCAGCCCAGGACCCCCACAUCCAGCCCAGGACCCCCACAUCCAGCCCAGGACCCCCACAUCCAGCCCAGGACCCCCACAUCCAGCCCAGGACCCCCACAUCCAGCCCAGGACCCCCACAUCCAGACCCAGGACCCCCACAUCCAGCCCAGGACCCCCACAUCCAGCCCAGGACCCCCACAUCCAGCCCAGGACCCCCACAUCCAGCCCAGGACCCCCACAUCCAGCCCAGGACCCCCACAUCCAGCCCAGGACCCCCACAUCCAGCCCAGGACCCCCACAUCCAGCCCAGGACCCCCACAUCCAGCCCAGGACCCCCACAUCCAGCCCAGGACCCCCACAUCCAGCCCAGGACCUCCACAUCCAGCCCAGGACCUCCACAUCCAGCCCAGGACCCCCACAUCCAGCCCAGGACCCCCACAUCCAGCCCAGGACCCCCACAUCCAGCCCAGGACCCCCACAUCCAGCCCAGGACCCCCACAUCCAGCCCAGGACCCCCACAUCCAGCCCAGGACCCCCACAUCCAGCCCAGGACCCCCACAUCCAGCCCAGGACCCCCACAUCCAGCCCAGGACCUCCACAUCCAGCCCAGGACCUCCACAUCCAGCCCAGGACCCCCACAUCCAGCCCAGGACCCCCACAUCCAGCCCAGGACCCCCACAUCCAGCCCAGGACCCCCACAUCCAGCCCAGGACCCCCACAUCCAGCCCAGGACCUCCACAUCCAGCCCAGGACCCCCACAUCCAGCCCAGGACCCCCACAUCCAGCCCAGGACCCCCACAUCCAGCCCAGGACCUCCACAUCCAGCCCAGGACCUCCACAUCCAGCCCAGGACCUCCACAUCCAGCCCAGGACCCCCACAUCCAGCCCAGGACCCCCACAUCCAGCCCAGGACCCCCACAUCCAGCCCAGGACCCCCACAUCCAGCCCAGGACCCCCACAUCCAGCCCAGGACCCCCACAUCCAGCCCAGGACCCCCACAUCCAGCCCAGGACCCCCACAUCCAGCCCAGGACCCCCACAUCCAGCCCAGGACCCCCACAUCCAGCCCAGGACCCCCACAUCCAGCCCAGGACCCCCACAUCCAGCCCAGGACCUCCACAUCCAGCCCAGGACCUCCACAUCCAGCCCAGGACCUCCUCAUCCAGCCCAGGACCCCCACAUCCAGCCCAGGACCCCCACAUCCAGCCCAGGACCCCCACAUCCAGCCCAGGACCCCCACAUCCAGCCCAGGACCCCCACCAGCCAGGACCUCCACAUCCAGCCCAGGACCUCCACAUCCAGCCCAGGACCUCCACAUCCAGCCCAGGACCCACAUCCAGCCCAGGACCUCCACAUCCAGCCCAGGACCUCCACAUCCAGCCCAGGACCUCCACAUCCAGCCCAGGACCCCCACAUCCAGCCCAGGACCCCCACAUCCAGCCCAGGACCUCCACAUCCAGCCCAGGACCUCCACAUCCAUCCCAGGACCUCCACAUCCAGCCCAGGACCUCCACAUCCAGCCCAGGACCUCCACAUCCAGCCCAGGACCUCCUCAUCCAGCCCAGGACCUCCACAUCCAGCCCAGGACCCCCACAUCCAGCCCAGGACCCCCACAUCCAGCCCAGGACCCCCACAUCAGCCCAGGACCCCCACCCCUCCAGCCCAGGACCUCCUCAUCCAGCCCAGGACCUCCACAUCCAGCCCAGGACCUCCUCAUCCAGCCCAGGACCUCCACAUCCAGCCCAGGACCUCCUCAUCCAGCCCAGGACCUCCACAUCCAGCCCAGGACCUCCUCAUCCAGCCCAGGACCUCCACAUCCAGCCCAGGACCUCCUCAUCAUCCCAGGACCUCCACAUCCAGCCCAGGACCUCCUCAUCCAGCCCAGGACCUCCUCAUCCAGCCCAGGACCUCCAUCCAGCCCAGGACCUCAUCCAGCCCAGGACUCCUCAUCCAGCCCAGGACCUCCUCAUCCAGCCCAGGACCUCCUCAUCCUGAGCCCAGGACCUCCUCAUCCAGCCCAGGACCUCCACAUCCAGCCCAGGACCUCCUCAUCCAGCCCAGGACCCCACAUCCAGCCCAGGACCUCCUCAUCCAGCCCAGGACCUCCACAUCCAGCCCAGGACCUCCUCAUCCAGCCCAGGACCUCCACAUCCAGCCCAGGACCUCCUCAUCCAGCCCAGGACCUCCUCAUCCAGCCCAGGACCUCCUCAUCCAGCCCAGGACCUCCACAUCCAGCCCAGGACCUCCACAUCCAGCCCAGGACCUCCUCAUCCAGCCCAGGACCUCCAUCAGCAGGACCUCCAGCCCAGGACCUCCUCAUCCAGCCCAGGACCUCCUCAUCCAGCCCAGGACCUCCUCAUCCAGCCCAGGACCUCCACAUCCAGCCCAGGACCUCCUCAUCCAGCCCAGGACCUCCUCAUCCAGCCCAGGACCUCCUCAUCCAGCCCAGGACCUCCACAUCCAGCCCAGGACCUCCUCAUCCAGCCCAGGACCUCCUCAUCCAGCCCAGGACCUCCACAUCCAGCCAGGACCUCCUCAUCCAGCCCAGGACCUCCUCAUCCAGCCAGGACCUCCUCAUCCAGCCCAGGACCUCCUCAUCCAGCCCAGGACCUCCUCAUCCAGCCCAGGACCUCCUCAUCCAGCCCAGGACCUCCUCAUCCAGCCCAGGACCUCCUCAUCCAGCCCAGGACCUCCACAUCCAGCCCAGGACCUCCUCAUCCAGCCCAGGACCUCCUCAUCCAGCCCAGGACCUCCUCAUCCAGCCCAGGACCUCCACAUCCAGCCAGGACCUCCUCAUCCAGCCCAGGACCUCCACAUCCAGCCCAGGACCUCCUCAUCCAGCCAGGACCUCAUCCAGCCCAGGACCUCCUCAUCCAGCCCAGGACCUCCUCAUCCAGCCCAGGACCUCCUCAUCCAGCCCAGGACCUCCUCAUCCAGCCCAGGACCUCCUCAUCCAGCCCCUCAGGGACCUCCACAUCCAGCCCAGGACCUCCUCAUCCAGCCCAGGACCUCCUCAUCCAGCCCAGGACCUCCUCAUCCAGCCCAGGACCUCCACAUCCAGCCCAGGACCUCCUCAUCCAGCCCAGGACCUCAUCCAGCCCAGGACCUCCACAUCCAGCCCAGGACCUCCUCAUCCAGCCCAGGACCUCAUCGGGUCUGGACCUGUUCGUGGGGUCUGGCACGUUGGAGGUGUUCUCUUCACGGAUGA